UAUUACUUUUACUUCGCGGAUGAGUCAGAAAUUAGUUCAACAACAAGCAGAAUACUCGGAAUAAAUCAACGCAAUCCGAAAGAGACCCGAAAAAUAAGUUCCCUGCACGAAACCACCGAACUGGAACCUACUACCUGCUGUAGUGAAGCGUUUUAUUUGGUUUUUUAAGAGUCGAACAUAUUUGGUAACUCGUAAAAAUGGAGUGGCUCUUCGGUAAGAAAAUGACCCCGGAUGAGAUGAUGCGGAAGAACCAGCGGGCCCUGAACAAGGCUAUGCGGGAUCUGGACCGGGAGAAGAUGAAAAUGGAACAGCAGGAAAAGAAAAUCAUUGCCGACAUCAAAAAGCUGGCCAAAGAGAAUCAGAUGGAUGCGGUCAAAAUUAUGGCCAAAGAUUUGGUUCGAACUCGUCGGUACGUCCGGAAGUUUAUGCUGAUGAAGGCCAACAUCCAGGCGGUUUCUCUCAAGAUUCAAACACUGAAGUCGCAGAACGCGAUGGGCGAGGCGAUGAAGGGCGUUACGAAGGCGAUGACCAACAUGAAUCGGCAACUCAAUUUACCGCAGAUUCAGAAGAUUUUGCACGAAUUCGAGAAGCAGUCAGAGAUAAUGGACAUGAAGGAGGAAAUGAUCAACGAUGCGAUGGACGACGCCAUGGAGGACGAAGGCGACGAGGAGGAAACCGACGCCAUCGUGUCCCAGGUGCUGGACGAGCUGGGCCUGCAGCUGAACGAUCAGCUUUCCGGAUUGCCACAGGCAUCCGGUUCUCUUGCGGUGGCCAGCGGUUCAAAGGCACCUCAAGCAGCCGCAGUUGGAGCAGGAGGUGCUGCGGGUGGUUCCGGUGCAGGAACUCCGGUUUCGGAUGCCGAUGCAGACCUGCAGGCGCGUCUGGACAAUUUAAGAAGAGAGUAGUAGUAGUAGCAGGCAUAUUUCACUCAACAACGUUCGAUUAAGAUUUUCUUUUGUGCUGUAUUGUGGAAUUUUGCCCAUUCCGGUUUGCGUCGUCACAAGGAUGAAAAGUGAUUGAGGAUCAUGUGCUUCAUAAUUUGAAUAUUUUUUUUUUCGUUAGUUUGCCGUUUAUAGUAUGAAGCGGCGCAUUCAAAUUCACCGGGCUUUAGCUUUCCACUAACUUCGAUAACCGACGUGAAUGUUUUACAUUAUUAUUUAUAUUUUUAGAGCAGGCCUUCCACUGUCAACAACAGUUCAUUUUUAUAUAGAUCCACUAUUUUACAAUGAAAAAUCGAGUUAUGUGAAAGGCCUUAUACGCUGUAAGAGAAACAUUUCGAGUAAUAAAUGUUUAUGUUUACUGAUGAUGAAUCCCUCAA